AUGACAUCACUUACACCCAAACCAUCUCAAAUUGAAUCUUGGGAUCGUUUACCUUCCGACUGGCAUAAUGAUGAACGUAUGGAUGCAUUAUUUUCUUUUUUUAAAGAUCGUGAUUUAAAUGCUGUUCAUUAUGAUGCUAAAAUGAAAUUUUGGAGUGAAACAAUAAUUGAUUAUUGUGAAGAUCAUGGUCUUUUACAAAUUGAUAUACCAACAAUUGUUUCACGUUUUCGUCGUAAAGGAAGAACACCAAAAUGUCUUGAUAAAAUAUUUGAAGAAUUAACUAAACAAAAUCGGCUUAUAUCAACAAAUGAUUAUGCUAAUUCUCAACAAUCAUGGUCAUCAUGGACAUUUAAUAAACUAGCAAGUCCAUUAACUGGUUGGAUGUCUCCUAGAACACCAAUUGAUCAAGAAGUUUUUAUUAUUAAAGAACUUGUUGAUAAAAAAGCUCAACAAGUUAUUGACACAUUACAAUCUCAUGUUUAUGUUCCAACAUUUGAUUGUGUUGUUUCAUUUUCAACAUUUAUUGAGACAUGCCGUCGAUGUACACUAAUCGAUGAAAAUUCAAUUAAUUUAAUUAUAUCAACAUUAACAAAAGAUAAGAAAAUUUUAAUAGAUCAUAUUGGAGAUGCUAAAGAUGUUAAAGUUGUUAAAUUUAUUAUGCCUGGAACAUCGAUCGUUCGACCAUUAACUGAAAUUGAAACUAGUGUUCUUUUAUUACGUCAUUCAAAACAACGUUUAGAAGAACAAUUAAAGAAAACUGAUCAACAAAUUGAAGGAUUACUAGCAGACAUUUAUCGUCAUUUAAAAAAUAGCAAUCGUACAGCAGCGAAGAAAUUAUUACGUAAAAAGAAAUUACUUGAACUUGAACAUGAUAAAAAAGAAAAUAUGAUUGAACAUCUUAAUAGUGUUCUAACACAAAUUGAACAAACAGAUUGUUCGUCAUUGAUUAUCAAUGCUUAUUCAUCAGGAGUUCAAGCUCAUAAAGAAUUAUUACGUAAAAAUGGUCUUACACCUGAUGCAGUUGAAGAUAUGAUUGAUGAAGUACAUGAAAUGCUCGAUACACAAAGCGAAAUCGAUGAAGCACUUCGUCGACCAGUUACAAAUGAUACAACUGAUAUGACAGAAUUAGAAGAUGAACUUGAAGAAUUAUUAAAACAACCAAUACCACCUACACCAGCAACCAGUCUACCAAUUAAUGUCGAUAUAAUUAAUACACCGAUUGCUGAUGAUGUUAUUAAAGUACCAGAAACAGAUCCAUUUGCUGAUCUUGAAUUACGUCUUCAAAAAUUAGGUGUACAAGAACCAACAUCAAAUAAAAUUGCUGACAUAGCAUCAUCAAGUCAUUAA